AACCAGACCGAGCAGCUCGCUGUCGAGUCCUCGGUCGGCGCGCCAGCCCCAGCGCCCCCAGCCUCGGCGGUCCGUGGCGCCUGCGAGCGCGAACCAGCGUCGCCCAGCGUCCUCGGGGAUGACGACGACGCGGUCGGCGCCAUCGCGGCGGUGGGCGGCAGCUUGGCCGACGCCUUGGGCGCGGACUUCGGCGACUCCAAGAGCUGCAUGGGGGACGAGGAGGGCGGCGCCGAUGACGAUCACUGCCAGGUCGACGACCCGCUGGAGCGGGAGGCUGGCGCCGAGGGCGACGAGGACGCCGUGCAGAUCAUCGGGGAGUCCUUCUCCACGCCCCGGAGGAAGCUGCGACCCCACGUGAGCGCGUGCUCAGAGUUUGAGCCUCGGAAUCUGGCCGAGCACAUGGUGCGCCGCUGGCUCACGGAGCUCGGCCCUGAAGUCGAAAUCGAUUGCAUCAACGGCUUGAGGAGCUUCGCUUCCAAGGUCCCGGAGGGCAUUGCCGCGCGCUGGAGUUUGUUCGCAGGUAGCGGGGUGGGGACGCAUUUCUACUCGGCGCUGCAGACCGUGUUGAACAGGGAGUUCGGAAUCGAAGUGGUAUUCGACACGACGGUGUACAGCGAGCUCAACCCAGAGAAGCAGCAGCACAUCAUGGACCAGUUCAGCCCUCGCUUCUUGGUCGGGGACGUGAAGAAGCUCAAAUCUCCUUCGAGUGACAACGACGCCCGCGGCGGCACCGAGGAGCUAUUGCCGUGGUGCUUCAUUUUAGACGCCGGGCCGCCUUGCACUUCGAGGACGCCGUUGUCGUGCCGGCGGGCUGCCAACCUUGGCUGCGUCCAGGAGAGCCGCGAGGCGACGGGCGUCGGUUUCAAUGAGACCCUCAGCGUCAUCAAGCAGCAUUGGCCGACUAUCGUUCACUUGGAGUGCGUUAAGGAAUUGAAUCAGGAGGGUGGCGUUCAGCAGGAUUCGGAUGCUUCUUGGGUUACCAGCGAGCUGAAGAAGAUGGGGUACUGGGCUCACCACGGCACGCUUGACUCCUGCGACUUCGGGGCUUACCCGCGGCGCGUGCGGACGUAUUGGACUGGAAUGCUGCACAUGAAAGGUUCGCCGGAUGAGAUCGCUCACCAUUUCAAUCGAGUGCUGGUGGCGUGCAGGCUGCCCAACGCCAGCGAUGCCGACAACCCGAAAACCUGGCCGUGUAUUGAAACCAACGACGAGUUUCUCAAGCGCAUGUCGACAGUCUCUGGGAUCCCACUGUGGUCCGACUUCGGCGUUGGCAGGGAGAGCAAGUCGAAGAAGGAUGAUCCGAAUUGGAAGCACGAGCACAGGGAGAUCUUCCAGGCGAAUGGCAUUCAGUGGCCUUUUGACCAUGCGGCGCCGCCCGUUGGCGGCGAUGUCAUCCAUAGGUCGGGAAUGCUGCCUCGCGAGUUCGAGCUCGCAGUUAUGUCGCACGUCCUCUUCCCGAUGGCGAUCGGCACCCAGAUGGAGUUCUUCGACGUGAACCAGAGCACGCAGCGGACCAUCAAGCGGCACCUGGACGAGGACACUUACCGCCCGAAAAGUGUUACUGGUGAUGCUGUUGCGCCGUCGCCGUGGUCAUCGAGGCCCCCGACAUUGGUUGGCAGCAUGACGAUGAUCGUGCGGUACCGCAGCAGUGGCGUCGUCCAUGUCAGGGCGGUUGAGCCGAUCGAGCUCUUCACGAUGAUCGGCUGGGACGCCACGAUGUGGAAGCGCAGGAAUGACCAAACCAAGGAUUUCAGCUACCUCGACAUGAUCUCGAACAUGGCGGGCAAUGCGUAUUCGCUCUUCCACCUGGGCCCGUGGGCGAUCGCAAGUCUUUCGACGUUCGGCCGAUUCUAUGAGCCGAGCCCGUGUGCAGCCCAGGGCGACAGUGGCGCCCCG